AUGGCUUGUGAAAAUAACAAAGUUCCCAUUCAUAUAUUUUUGGAUCGGUCCUCUAAUGCUUCAUUUAAAUUAUUCAAUAGUCUUACCCCAUCUACCACUUCUAGCUUUAAAGUAUUUGAACUUUUAACUAAAAAAGGGACAUACUUUAUUUCUCCAAUUACUAUUCCCCCAGUUGAACAAGAUAAUGUAUUCAAACCUUUUGAGGAGUUGGAACACUAUACGUUCCAACUUAAGACCCAAUUAGGUGGUUUAGUUAAAAAAAAUGUAGAAAAUUUAAAUUUCAUCUCUAAUAGUUCGUCUAAUUCUUCCUCGGUUCUAGCAGCAGAAAAAAUUAGUAUAGAAAUUUUCCAACUCUUGGCCCUAAAUUAUAUAUGUAAAGAAUUGUCUUUACAUUUCUUAAAUUUUAAUUUCUCUUUGUUGGUUUGUUAUAAAGAACUUACCCUAAAGAGUGAAACAUCCAUAUCUCUGAAUAGAACUGUAAAUUCUUUAGACACUAUUACCCAGUAUAAUAGAAUAGUUUCUCCAUUUAUUCCAACUCCAGGUGAAAAUCCUCUGAUGAUAAUUCUUGAAAGUGAUUUAGAUAAAUCUACUGAUUCAAAUUUUGAAUAUAUCUAUAAAGUAAGAAGACAAGUUAAAAUUGAAAAAGAAAAACUUAAGUCCCCUUUGGCUAAAUGUUUAUAUGAUUUGGCUAGAAAUGCUUAUCUUUAUGAAGAAGAAGCUAAACCAGACCUUUAUGAGAAGAAGUUAGUAGAAGAAAUACUUUCAAUAUAG